AUCCGUUCCCAAAUUCCCACACCAUUAUUCCGCAACCACCCGAAUUUUGGUUAAUUGUAAACCCAAUCAAUUAUACCGGCAUACAGAUCAAACCUGACCCACCCAAUUCCAAUCUCAAAUCGGGUAUUUGCCGAUUCACAUUCCCUUGCGUUCCAAAUCCAAACCCUACCCUGAUGUUUCUCGGUUCGGACGAUCCGAUCUCCGCCAAACGUCUCCGGAGCUCCGACAAAGACAUACCGUCAGCUCAAGACAGAUUGGAUUAAGUAGCAUCAGUUCCACGUUAUGGAAAUUUCAAGUGAGGCCCCAGUUAAGAGACCAAAGCGGUUGACAUCUGUUGUAUGGAAUCACUUUGAAAGAAUUAGAAAGGGAGAAAUUUGUUAUGCUGUUUGUGUUCACUGCAAAAAGAAACUUAGUGGGUCAAGUAACAGUGGGACAACGCACUUGAGAAACCAUCUGAUAAGAUGUCUCAAGAGGUCCAAUUAUGAUGUUUCACAGAUACUUUCAGCAAAAAGAAAGAGAAAGGAGACUACCCUUUCUAUCGCAAGUGUCACCUAUGAAGAAGGGCAAAGAAAAGAUGAAACCAUUGCCCCCAUGAGCUACAAAUUUGAUCAAGAGCCAAAGAAGGAAGAAAAUAUUAUCCCUUUCAACAUGGGGAGUGUUAAGUUUGACCAAGAACGAAGUAGACUUGAUUUCACCCGCAUGGUUAUGUUACAUGGCUAUCCAUUGGCCAUGGUUGAUCACGUAGGUUUCAAAAUUUUUGUGAAGAACUUGCAACCUUUGUUUGAGGUCAUGACUAGUAGCGCCAUUGAACUUGACUGUAUGUCAAUUUAUGCUCAAGAAAAGCAGAAAGUUUAUGAAGAAAUACACAAUCUGAAUGGAAGAAUAAGUCUUGUGGCUGACACAUGGGUGUCUAAUGACAGUGGAAGGUAUCUAUGCUUGACUGCUUGCUACAUCGAUGAAAAUUGGAAGCUGAAGAAGAAAAUUCUGAAUUUUAUCACACUCAACACUGAUGACACAGAUGACCUACUUUCAGAAGUCGUUAUUAAGUGUUUAACCGACUGGUCCAUUGACCGAAAGUUGUUUUCCAUGACGUUUGAUGAAUGCUCAGGCUAUGAUGAUGUGGUCUUUAGAAUCAAAGACUGGUUAUCUCAGAACAAACCACUUUUAAAGAACGGUGAUUUGUUCGAUGUCCGUUGUGCAUCAAAUGUUUUAAAGUCAAUGGUUCUUGAUGUCUUAGAAGCCCUCCGAGGUCUGAUCCACAAGAUCCGGGAAAGUAUAAGGCAUGUCAAAAGCUCACAAAUUACUCUUGGAAAAUUCAGUGAGAUUGCCCGUCAAGUUGGGAUUACCACCGAGAGGAAUCUGGUUCUUGACUACCCAAUGCAAUGGCAUUCAACAUAUAUGAUGCUUGAAACGGCACUGGAGUAUAGGUGUGCUUUCUCUGUCCUGCAAGAGAAUGAUAAUGACUACAAAAUAAGUCUGUCUGAUACUGAGUGGGAAUGGUUAAGUUCUCUCACUGGUUACAUAAAACUCCUAGUUGAAGUUACUAAAAUAUUCUCAGCAAACAAACAUUUAACUGCAAAUGUGUAUUUUCCGGAGGUGUGUGAUAUUCACAAGCAAUUAACAGAGUGGUGUAAGAGCUCUGAUGAGUUUCUUGGUGAUAUUGCAAACAAGAUGAAAACCAAAUUUGACCAGUUUUGGAGUAAGUGCAGCCAAUCUUUAGCAAUAGCUGCUAUUUUGGAUCCUCGAUUCAAGAUGAAGCUGGUUGAGUUUUAUUAUCCUCAGAUUUACGGCAGUGAUGCUCCAGAUCACAUCAAGACAUUAUCUGAAGCCAUAACACAGCUUUUCAAUGAGUAUGCAAUAGGUUCUUCAGCAUCACUAGAUCAAGACCCUUCUGCUCCUGGUAACUUACCUAGCAGCAGUUCUGUAACUAGAGAUAGGCUAAGGGGCUUUGACAAAUUUCUACAAGAAACUUCACAACACCUGAGCAUGCCUUCAGAUUUAGCUAAGUAUUUGGAAGAGCCAGUGUUUCCCCGCAAUUAUGAUUUCAACAUAUUGAAUUGGUGGAAAGUUCACACUCCUAGGUACCCUAUACUAUCUAUGAUUGCACGUGAUGUGUUAGGAAUUCCUGCAUCCACACUCGGACCAGAAUUAGCAUUCAGCAAUAAAGUUAAGAUGCUCGAUCAGCAUAAGAGUUUGCUUAGCGCAGAUGUCCGAGAGGCUUUAGUGUGCGGUCAAGACUGGUUGCGUUUAGAAGCUGAAGAUACCAACCAAUCCAGCAGCAACUAUGCUUUACCACUGCUCAUUGAAUCAAGUUAACAGCCGUAUGAGUGCAUGGGUGUUGGCUGAAGGAUUCUUGGGCAAGGGUGAUUAGUUUGUGUAUUCUUUAGAUGUUUAUGAGCCCUUUGCUCCAAUUGCAUUGGUUACGACUAGCUGAAUGUGUAAUUAAUAUAUUUACAGAGUACUAAUGUACUACAUAAGUAUUUGCAGAAUCUUCAUUUUCAUCAAUGGAAUUUGUUGUUAGUUUUGCAUACUAACAUUUAUUUGUUAGUUUUUUGAGGUUCAAGAAUAACAUGCUCAAGUAGAAGUCACACAAAAUAAAAACAGGAAAAUUUAACUAAAAAGUGACACUAAUGACUACCCAAACGUAACAAUAAAAGCAAAAUAAAAACAAAAGAAAAAACAUUAAAUGUGGGCUGAAUUUAAGAAUGAUUAUUUAAGCUGCCGUACAGCAGUCACUGGGAAAUGAAUAAGUUCAUAAAGGUUUAAACAAUCUAUAAAGUUUAUUUGGCUGUGGUUUUGGUGUUCUUGUUUGGUUCGAAGAUGUACUUGAUAAGGGAGUCCUUGAUAUGCAGCAACUGAGGGAACUCUUUCUUCAACUUGGAUGCAUCCAACUCAUUGUUACUCCGAGGUGCAAUGAUCACUUUUGCCUGCUCUUCAAGUGUGAAGUUGACCCAACUAAACUUUGGAUCUAUGUAGUGUUUGUACAACUCCAGAAUCUCAUUAUGGCUCACGACCCCGGGGUUUGUGAAGUUCCAUAUGCCCCUCAGGUCACGCUUUGCCAUCUCAAUGGAGACAGGGAGAAGCUCAUCCAGUAUGGUCAUACUGUUUGGAAUGUUCACCACCUUAUCAUAGUGCGAAAUUUUGCCAAUAAAGUUUCGCGGGUUCUUGAGGUCCGAAGAUAUGGGCAUGCGAAUUCUCAGAUUGCAUACGUUGUCAUAUUCUUUUAAGAGCUCCUCAAC